CACGAGGGCGGGCGGCGGAGCGGCGGGAGCGGCGGACGCGGGGCAGGGGUGAGGCGGCGAGUGGCUCCGGGGAGCCCAGGCUGGCUCCAUGUAUCCCGAAUCCACCACUGACUCCCCAGCGCGACUCUCGCUGCGGCAGACGGGCUCCCCAGGGAUGAUUUACAGCGCGAGAUACGGGAGCCCCAAGCGCCAGCUCCAGUUCUACAGGAACCUCGGGAAGUCUGGGCUGCGUGUGUCCUGCCUGGGUCUGGGAACAUGGGUGACUUUCGGAGGGCAGAUCACAGAUGAGAUGGCAGAGCAGCUGAUGACUUUAGCUUAUGACAACGGCAUUAAUCUCUUCGACACGGCAGAAGUCUAUGCUGCUGGCAAGGCCGAGGUGGUGCUGGGAAAUAUCAUCAAGAAGAAAGGGUGGAGACGGUCCAGCCUGGUCAUCACCACCAAAAUCUUCUGGGGAGGAAAGGCUGAGACAGAGAGGGGCCUGUCCCGAAAACACAUCAUAGAAGGUCUGAAGGCAUCUCUGGAGCGGCUACAGCUAGAGUACGUGGACGUGGUGUUUGCCAACCGGCCCGACCCCAACACGCCGAUGGAAGAGACAGUGCGAGCCAUGACCCAUGUCAUCAACCAGGGGAUGGCCAUGUACUGGGGGACCUCGCGCUGGAGCUCCAUGGAGAUCAUGGAGGCGUACUCGGUGGCCCGGCAGUUCAACCUCAUUCCACCCAUCUGCGAGCAGGCCGAGUACCACAUGUUCCAGCGGGAAAAGGUGGAGGUGCAGCUUCCUGAGCUCUUCCACAAGAUAGGUGUUGGAGCCAUGACCUGGUCCCCACUGGCCUGUGGCAUCGUCUCAGGGAAGUAUGAUGGGGGCAUCCCCCCCUACUCCCGUGCAUCGCUAAAGGGAUACCAGUGGCUGAAGGAUAAGAUCCUGAGUGAAGAGGGCCGGCGGCAGCAGGCAAAGCUGAAGGAGCUGCAGGCCAUCGCUGAGCGCCUGGGCUGCACCCUGCCCCAGCUCGCCAUUGCCUGGUGCCUGCGCAACGAGGGUGUCAGCUCCGUCUUACUGGGGGCCUCCAAUGCCGACCAGCUGAUGGAGAAUAUUGGAGCAAUACAGGUCCUUCCAAAGCUGUCGUCUUCCAUCGUCCACGAGAUCGAUAGCAUCCUGGGCAACAAACCAUACAGCAAGAAGGACUACAGAUCCUAAGCGCGCCCGAGCACGCCGCGCAGCCCUCGCCGCCCGUUCGCUUGCUUACGCUUUGUUGGAGCAAAGUGGAGAGUGUGGUUUGCACCGAGAGCCAGCGCUCCACCCGCGCUGCCCCGGACGUGGCGCCGCGGCCGCCCGGCCUGGCUCUGCGGCGCAGGGACGGCCGGCGGGAGGCGAGCCCCGAGCCGCCCUGCCCGCAGCCGGACCCGUUGCAUGAGUGGCUCCUGCCUCCACGUUGGCGGUGGGCGCGGGGUGCACGCGGGUGCUGUACGCCCACGAGGCCGACAACACGAAGCUGUUCCCCA